AUGCUGGUGUCCCAGCUUCCAUCUGCGGACCUCUUGGCGGUUCGAUUUUACGCCACACCGGGUCUCAAGGUGCCCCGGUGUGGCGCUACUGGGUCUCUGCGCUUACUGAAGGAUACCGCCGAAACCAUCACCGCGAAGCCUGUGCCUGAACGCAUUGAGCCCAUUGUGAAACCUGUGCUACCAUCCACACCUGUGGAACCAACGCCAGUCACUGAGUCGCCAACCACCGCGAAAGCUGACGCUGCUGUGAAGCCAGAAGAAACGGUGGUCUCUUCGAAGGACCUGGAUAGCAUCAAGGACGCUAUCGAAAGCAUCGCGGAGUCGAAGAAGGCCAUGCAAGACGAACACCUCCUUGACCUCAAGGCUGAUCUUGAUGAGGCCAUCAAAAUCCGCCAACAACAGCAGAAGGAGGCGGAGGUGGUCACUCAGGCUCCAACCGUGGGAGUGCCGGAGGCACCUGUUACCGCGUCCGCCGAGACACCAGCAAAGCCGCCGCCAGUUGUGGAGACGCCUCCAGAGAAGCCGAAGGAGGCCGUCGCCGCAGAACACCCAGUUCCGGUCGUGGAGGAGCCGAAGGAACCGACCGUGUUGGAAGACGCGGAGGAGGCGAAGGCGAUGGAGGCAGCGGAGGAGGAGGAGGAGAAGAAGGCAGCUGUUGUCGCCGCAAAGAAAGCCGCUAAAACAGAGAAGGCGGUUCAGCGUCUCGGCGCUCAGGUUGACCGUUUGCUCGGUGAGAUUGACGGCCUGAUGGAGAAAUUGCGCGGCCAGAAGAAGGACCUUCUCGAGGAGAUCCAAGCACAGGAGGUCAAGGCCAAGGAAGUUGAGAAGGACGAGGAGGAGAAGAAGAGGAUCAUCGACAGCAUUCGGGCGGAUCAGCAACGCGUGGUGGGCAUCAAUGAGAUUCUGGCCUCCCUCCAGAGCAUGCAGAAGGUUGCUGGAACCGAGGGCGAGGCAAGCGAACGGUGGCAGCGGAUUCUCGACGCCCUGGACGAGGAUCACGAUGGCAAAAUCGAAUUCAAGCACCUCCUUCCUGUGUUUGAACUCUUUGAGAAAGAAAAGGUCGAGUUGUACACGAGUCAGCUGUCGGACGUGGUGGAGAUGUUUGAGAAGGAGGACCUUCUAGAGGAACGGCAGGUGGAAAAGGAGGCGGCGGAGCAAAGUGAGAAGGCCAACGGUUCCUCCACUUCGGCUGCUGAUAAUGGUGCGCCUAAAAGCAAAGACCUGUGA